UAGCUAAUUUCAUAAGUUAUAAGGAUAUUGAUUUGUUAUAAAUAGAAUACUAGCCACAAGCUAAGACUGCAAACCGAAACAUUAGUCUUAAUUAUAAGUUAAUAUCUAUAUUGUGUGAUUUGUGAGAAUUAUAUGAUGAGUAUUUUAUUUGUAGUGGGGUUUAUGUUUAUGCUCUUGUUUUCCACAACUGCAAAUGUGGUGAAUUCAAAUGAGCGUAAUAAUACACCUCAAUGCAUUCCCAAAGAGAGAGAGGCUCUCUUAAAGUUUAAGACCACUUUAAAUGAUUCUCAAGGGAAUUAUCUAUCCUCCUGGUCCAAUAAUAGCACCACUCAAAACUGUUGUGAAUGGAGACACAUCACUUGUGACGACCAAACCAGCCAUGUUGUUUAUGUUGAUACUAGUGGAAUUGACACACUUGGUGGCGAGAUUGACUCUUCGUUGGCCGAACUACAUCAUUUGAAGGAAUUGUACCUCUCUGACAUGAACAUCAGUCGGAUCCCAAAGUUUAUUGGCUCUUUCAAAGAGCUUACAAAUCUCGAUCUUAGUGAAAAUCCAAUAAGUGGAAUUAUUCCUCCACAGCUUGGAAAUCUCACUAAAUUGGAAUAUCUUGAUCUUUCAAAAGGGACUUCUCAAAUGACUAUUGAUAACCCUCGAUGGCUCUCCCAACUUACUUCUCUAGAGAAUCUCUACAUAUCAAAUUGUCGCCUUCUCAAGGUACCUGAUCAUACUUCAUCAUCCUCUAUUUCCCAUUCAAACUAUUCCUUCACUUCUCUUCAACAUCUUGAAAUCUCUCAAAGUUUUAUACAUCCUGCAACAAUUACUUGGUUACUAAAUUCUACUAUUAACCUAGAAUUCUUGUAUUUAAAUGAUAACAAUCUUAGUGGAACAAUAUUACAUGAUCUUCUUGGAAAUAUAUCAAGUUCCUCCAAGAAUUCCUUAAAGUCUUUGCAGUUGAGUUCUAACCAACUUGGUGGGUUGAUUGUUGAUGACUUUGAAAAUACCUUCCCUUAUUUGAGUGAGCUUACUCUUGACAAUAAUCAGUUGGAAGGUAAUUUUCCUAACCGUUUGAAAACAUUUCCCAAUCUUGAAAGAUUAGAUGUAAGUCAUAACAAGUUCGUAGGAUUAUUGCCUGACCUUUCAUCAAUGCCAAAUCUAAUUAGUUUCAUUGCAUCCAACAAUAAGUUCAGUGGUACUUUAAGUGAGAGUAUUGGCAAGCUUGACAAUUUAAGGGACUUAGAUGUCUCUUCAAAUCAUCUUAGUGGGUAUGUCUCUCACGUACUAAAUCUACAAUGCCCGAGCUUGAAGUACCUAGAUAUUUCCUAUAACUUAGACAUGACAUCUAAAUUCAACUCCAAAUAUCCUAUCAUCCCCUCAUUUAAAUUGGUAUUCAUAAAUUUGGCUUCUUGCAAGUUAGGUCCUGAAUUUCCUAAUUGGCUACAAACCCAAACAGAACUCAUAUAUCUAGACAUUUCUAAUUCAAGUAUUUCUGGUCCUCUUCCUAAUUGGUUCCCAAAUAUAACUUCCAACUUGAAUUAUUUAAAUAUGUCUCACAACCUUCUUAACAACAACUUGACCAAUUUUCCACUUUCACAAGAAGCUGAUCCUGUACUAGUUGACUUAAGUUCCAACCAAUUCCAAGGUUCUAUCCCACCUUCCCUUCUCGUUAAUGCAACCUACUUGUAUCUCUCCAAUAACAAGUUCAACGAAUUCAGUUGUGGAGCAAAUGAGUGGGACAAGUCAAUAGCAGUAAUUGAUAUUUCUAAUAACAAUUUAUUUGGAAACAUUCCUGAUUGUUGGGAAAAUUUCAAACAAUUGGGUGUACUUAAUUUAGGAUACAAUAAGUUGUCUGGAAAGAUUCCUAGCUUUAUCAAUAUGACAAGUAUUAAAACUUUACAAUUGAGGCACAAUAAUUUCUCAGGAAAUUUUCCUUCCUCAUUGAAAUAUUGCACUUCACUUGAAGUUCUAGAUUUGGGGAGAAACACUUUGAAAGGUCCAAUACCCUCAUGGAUUGGGGAAAAACUAAACAACUUAGUUUUUCUCAGUUUGAAGUCAAAUAAGUUUUAUGGAAGUAUCCCAUUCAAUCUUUGUCAACUUACUCAAAUACAAAUAUUAGAUUUCUCUUCUAAUAAUUUAUCAGGAUCCAUACCUUCUUGUAUUAAGAAUUUCACUGCAAUGGCUCAAAUAAAUUCUUCAGAGACGACCAUCUCUUCAAUCAUGGAAAUAGAUCAUUAUCCUAAUUUUUGUCCUAGAUACAAUCGUGGUUGUUUUGAUUUCAUUUGGUAUGACAAUAAUGCUUCAAUCACAUGGAAAGGGGCACAACACGAGUAUGUGAGGAUUUUAGGAUUACUAAGAGUUAUUGACCUAUCAAGUAACAAAUUGACUGGGGAGAUUCCUAUAGAAGUGACUCAUCUCUCUCAGUUGGUUGCACUAAAUUUAUCAAGGAAUAAUUUGUCUGGAAAAAUUCCUAGAAAGAUUGGGAAACUAAUCAAUCUUGAAGUGCUUGAUUUGUCUCAUAAUAGAAUAAGUGGAAAAAUUCCCAUAGGCCUUGCUGAGGUAUCAUACUUGAAUUACUUAGAUCUAUCAAAUAAUCAAUUGUCAGGAAGAAUCCCUACUGGUACUCAAUUACAAGGCUUCAAUGCUGCUACAUAUGCCAUGAAUCUUUGUCUUUGUGGAACUCCUCUACCAAGUUCAUGCCCUGGAGAUGAUGAUGAUGAGUCUUCGCAUGUUCCCGCUUACGAUUCAGCUCAUGAUGACAAUGAUAAAAAUGGUGGAGAAUGGCUUGACUUUUCGUGGUUUUACAAGGGAAUUGGAGGUGGAUUCAUUAUUGGAUUUUGUGGUGUGUGUGGAAACUUAUUAAUCAAUAAUUCUUGGAGAGCUUCCUAUUUUCGAUUGAUGCAAAAUAUUGGAGACUGGCUUUAUGUGAUGAUCAUCAUUAAAUGGAAUUUCUUGAGGAGAAAACUUAUUGAGCACUAACUAAAUUUUUUUUUUAUUGUAUUCUUUUGCAGAUAGAUUCUAUUGUGAAGAUAAGAAUUAAGAAGGUAAAUAUUUAACACUAAUUAUUCUACUUUGUAGCUAAAGCACUCAAAUCAUCAAUUUAUUUACUUAAUCUUUUAAAAUACAUUAAAAUUUCACUUUUUUUUUAUUAUUUUACAUCAAAUUUAUAUAUUAAACUAUGCAUCAAAUUUUUUUAUUUUUGUUCUCUAUACUACUUUAAUAAUACAUAUCUCUAAAAAUUUAACUUUUAGCAUAUUUUCUAUUGAUUUAUACUUUUUUGAUAGAUAUAUCUUGUGGAUGAAGAUGUAAGUUCGAGAUGGAAGGAAGAUAUAUCUUGAGAAUCAAUUAAUUUGGAUCUCUAUUUUAGCUUGUUUUUCAUUUGGUUUUUCAGUUUGUUUGUCAUGAUCAUCAAUAAUUUGUAUUUUAAUUUCACAAUUGUUCUUUUAGAGUGUAUUUGUGCUUGCUUAGUCUAUAAUAAUAAAGUGUAAAAUUUUCUUUGUCA